GCAGGGGGUUCAAAACGAAGAUAGCGGUCCUAAUUACGUCACGCCCCCUCUGCUUUUUUUCUCCUUUUCGCAUAAACGUGCGCUGUCCUCGUUUUAACGGACCAGUUGAUUUGCCCCCCCCCCCAGUGAACGCGGCGCGCGGCUUGUCAAAACCAAACGCAGCCUUGGACACGUUGACGAGCCAGGAGCAGCGGCACGAGAGGAGGAGGAGGAGAAGAAGAAGAAGCGACGGACAGACGGCAGCGUCUUCACAGGAUAAUAGCCUUCAUUAUUCAUCCCUUAUCUUUUUUCGCUGGAAUAACUUGUGUGGUCAAGAGUCAGCCGCUCUAACUCCUGAAGCGGCACAGAGACGUUAUAUAAAGCGAGUAACGGACAGAGAGAUGAGACCGUACGUUACAGCAUAGCGGCACAAUAACCGCAUGUGCUGGCCGGGCUUGGCGCUGGAAACGGCGACAGAAACCUACAGACCUCCCGUUGAAUUUGUUGGUAUAUGCGCGCUCCAUCACGUUUUAGGUUAAUUUAUUCAAGAAGCGAGCUAGCUUGGAGGAGCUGCUGCCAAUGCUGGACCAUUCACUAUUGUGUUCAUUUGAUUUAACUUAGCUAGGCGGCUAACCAGGACGCACUGCCGCUGAUGAGCCCGUGUGCGUAGCGGAGUGAUGAUCAGAAGAAACCUCCACCAGACAGGCGCUAAUGGCUCAGAUUAAUUGUCAAAGCCCUGUUUAGCAAUUGGUUUGUGUGAUAAUCAAAAUCCAGCCACAAAGACGGUGUGGUCUGGCCAGACCUGGUGGGCCCCGCUAUCAUUCAUAAAACUAUCCUUAAUGCGAAGAAUGGGCCCGAGUCUUAAUUUGGAAAACAAAGAAUCAGGCUACUGGAGACAGUAAGCUGGUUAGAUAAGCUUGUUUUAGCGUUUUUAGGUGUGCCAGCAAGCUGGUUGACGGAUUAGUCACACAGUCUGGACUGUACUGCUCCCCGGACUCGCUCUGUCCCUCAAUUGGAGUAAUUUUUUCCACGUUUUUUCUUGUUGUCUCUGGCCGCACCACAAUGAGCAGUCAUAUCGGGGAUGCAGGUUCGCAGGAAGUGGAGCCCAUGCCGGGCUACUUGGACCUCGUCACCAGAGCCUCCUCAGUCAUGCUGGGCGCGUGGAGAGACUGUAGCCCUUGCGGACUGGAGCUCUCCAAACGGACUCUCCUGGAUAACGCUUACAUUACCUGGACCGAAAUCGCCCUGUUCUUUUUUUGCGCCUUUUUGUGGACGCAGGUCAGACGGGGACUGACAGAAAGUCUGUUCAAGCCUCUAGCACAGUGGUGCAGGCUGCUGCCCAAAGAUGCCGCCAAGAUGCCGGAGAGCGCAUGGAAGCUGGUCUUCUACACCAUGUCGUGGUCCUACAGCACCUACCUGCUCUUCUUCAGCUCCUACUCCUUUUUCCAUGACCCGCCCUCUGUCUUCUACAACUGGAAGAGCGGUAUGUCAGUGCCUACAGACAUCGCCAUAGCCUACCUGAUCCAGGGCAGCUUCUACGGCCACUCCAUCUAUGCUACAGUCUACAUGGACGCGUGGAGGAAGGACUCUGCUGUCAUGGUGGUGCACCACAUCAUCACACUGGCACUCAUCAGCUUCUCCUACGCCUUCAGAUACCACAACGUAGGGAUCUUAGUGUUGUUCCUCCACGACAUCAAUGACAUCCAGCUGGAGUUCACCAAGCUCAAUGUCUACCUGAAGUCCAGGGGUGGAGGCUAUCACCUGCUCAAUGACAUUCUGUCCAACAUGGGCUCUGUCAGCUUCAGCAUCACUUGGUUCUGGUUCCGUCUCUAUUGGUUUCCUCUCAAAGUGCUGUAUGCCACGUGCGUGUCCAGCCUCCAGUCUGUGCCCAACAUCCCCUUCUACUUCUUCUUCAACGCUCUUCUCCUCGCCCUGCUGCUCAUGAACAUCUACUGGUUUCUGUUUAUCGUCAUUUUCGUGGUGAAGGUGCUAAAGAUGAAGGAGGUGAAUGACGUCAGGGAGUACGAGGACGAGGACGGCAGCAAGGCAGCGGCAGGCCUGCACAGAGCCCCUCAGGCAGCGAACAACGAUGAUGGUGCUGGACAUCACAACUCUGCCCAGGGGAAGCACGUGCAGAACGGGGUCACCAAAGAGAAGCAUCUAUAACGGGGCUCUCUGUCGCCACCACCUGGCACUGGGCUACAGUUACAAGCAAGACAAGACGCUCCUCCUGGGAUGGCUCACACUCAAAACGUGGCUCUGAAGGGAAGAGUGUCACAAAAAGAAAAAGAAGGAAAAUACCAAGUUAGGGCGCAAUGAGUUUUUGUUCUUUUUAUUUGUUUUAGAACAUUUCAUCACUGUCGUUUUGUUUUCAGUCUUGUUUUUAUAAGAGCACUGUGAAUGUUAUUUCAGGUGACAUUUUGUCUUAUUGUUACUAACUUUACAUUUGAUAGAUUCAGUAGAACAAACCAGUUUGAGUGGGAGUUGGACUGUGAUUGUCACGUACAGUAGGACAGGGUGUCAUAUUCAUCACUGUCGCCCUCAAUAACUGCGCAGCACUCAGACAAGGAAAAGGUUUAGGUCUGUAGUGGGUCUGUAAACAUUUAAACCUGCAGUAACCUUUAGUAACCUGAUAAACAAACACUGUGCUGUAGGGGUGAACUCUGCAGUCAGUUAAAUAUAAUCAGCUCCUUUCCUCCUCUCCCCUCUUCAAACUCCCUCCAUCCUCUCUGACUGAAGACAUGAGGAGAAAAGAUUUUUUUUUUUUUUUAAUUGAAUCAGAGGGAAACAUUACUUUGUUCUGAGUACUGUCCUUAUGGCUGCAGCGAUGUCGGACAGCUCGUCUGGCAUUGUCUGGUGCUGUUUCACCACAUGUAUUGAUUUUCAUAUCAUUGCAGAAGUCAGUGGUGGCGACUGCACAGCUCUGCGUUCAUUAGCUUGAAUGGAAAAGCCACAUUGAUGUGUGUGGGCGCGUAUGUGUGUGUGUGUGUGUUAGGUGUUUCAGGAUGUGAAGAGUAUGGAUGUAGCUGAGUCUUUUAAACUCACAACAUUUCACCUCUCAGUUUAUCUCUUUUACUGAUGAUCAACAGACAUUGGGAAUAUUCACUUGUCAUUCCUGUAUGGAAAAAAAGCUUCUUUUUUUUUUGUCUUUAUUCAGUGUGUGUUGCAAAGAAUCUGUCGCUGACAUGAAGGCAUACAAGCUGAUUGCUGGUUUAAUGACAGCAAAUAGCUAGAAUUGAUUGACUGGGUUUUAAUGUCAUCCAUUUGAUUUGAUUUGUUUGAACAAUGUGGAUUUGAAUUAUAUUUAUAAGCAGUUCAUGGGUGGUGGCGGCUAACAGGUUCGCAGAAAAUCAGAACAACAGCCCAGAACUCAUGUAAAGAUAAAAAUCAGUAUGAUAAAAAAAAAAAAAAAAAACAUUAUGUAUGCACAUACUAUGGUAUUCAGGAAUGCAUGACAUCGGAAUGAUUUUGGAAAUAUGCUAUGAAAUUCUCUUAAAAACAAACAAUGAAGAAAAAACUCCUCUAACUAUGUAACCAUAACAUCUUUAUAAACGUCGAAAAUUCAUCCUAAAACUGAUUUUUGAAGCAGCAGUGAACCACUGAACACACAUAAUGUUGGCAGAGAAACACAUACACACCAGUGUGUGAGAAACCAUCAUGUGGCAUUUACAUUGUCCUAGAAAUCCCACAUAUGCUAAGAUUUUCGAUGUCAUCUGUAAUUUGAGUGCAUUAAAUGAAACGACCCCACUGCUUCACUCUGUGUGUGUUUUAGUGGGAACAGCUGCUGCUCUCGUAGAAAAUAAGGGAUAUUUCUAUUCUUCCUACCUUCUCGAUCAAAUUCAAGCUCUUGUUUCGAUGAACAGCAUGCUUGUGCUGCUGGAGCAGGCCGCAGAUGUUGUCUGUCCGUAGGAGAAGCGUCCGUUCUGUUUUAGUUUAUUUGUUUGUCUUCCACAGUCCCCACACGUCAGCUACUUAGGGGGUUGAAACUAACUUUUAAUUUAACAUUCAGUUAUAACUAUUAUUGCUGUAGUUCAGGUUAUAAUUGUUGAUUUGUUUUGGAAUUGCUGCUGUUUUUUGUUUUUUUUUUCCUCUGAGAGCACUGUUUGUAUUCCAGUUGUUGUUUUUCUGCUGCGUAUGAGUCGGUGAUAGUCUACUCAGAUCAGAUAUUUCCAGGGACCAGGGAGAGUCGUCUGUUCACCUACAUUACAAACAUCUGGAUUUAGUCUCAGAUCUCUUCCUUCUAAUCUAAAUGCUGGCUCACAUUCAUAUUUUUUUUUAAUCAAACAUGUUGCUGUGUGUAAUUUAUCAGAGUCCAGUGGCUGACUGGUUUUACUAGCAUGGUGUUCAGUGACCUCUGAGGUCCUGACUGUCCAUAGUUUGCUGAUAUUUUUUGUUAUAUGGUGACAGGUGAUAGGUGAGUUUGCAGUAACCUCACAGAGAUGUGGAUUAGGUGUGACUCAUCCUUCAACUCUGGUAUGGUACUGUGUGCAAAUGGUGCACCUUCAGUUUCUCCACCUCUUUCCCACUGUGUCAUACUACGAACAGUGCUGUGAUGUGACAUGUGGAUGAGUAACUACUACUAGGGGUGGGCAAUAUGAUAAUAUAUACCUAGUCAGACGAUAUAAAAAUUGGGGAUUUUGCUAUGUCAUUAAUAUUGCGCUAACUAUACCUGUAAUAUUUUAAGUGUGUUCAGCUUUUGUGAACAAUAUUUUAAAUCAAUGAGCUGUUUAUUGGCAAAAUUAGAUUUUAAUAUGAUUUUUAGCAUCUGAAUACUUGGUAUUUACAUUCUUGUUUCAUUCUUAUCCAUUAACAAUUAAAUGUGAAAGAAACACAUCGUCAGCACUGAGGUAAUCUAUCUUAGUGCUGACGAUGUGUAUGAAUUCAACAGUUACUUUCACAUUAAAUUAUUUUCACCAGGUGAUUUGAUUUGAAUUUGUUAUAUUACCAUGUAUAUAAAUAUCAUGACAUGACAUUUCAUACACACAAGAGGAUUUUAUCCAUAUUGCCCACCCCUAAUUAUUACCCAGAACUGACGAAACUAUCCGAAAAGGAAGGAGAUUUAGAGAUUGUCAGUUAGUUUUCUUUCUGAAUGGAUUUGGCUAAUUCACAUUUAAAUGUUUGAUUUAACAUUGGCUUACAGUUCAGAUCAUCAUUUGGUGUAAGUUGUUGGAAACAUGUUGCCUGUGGGGCUCGGUUUCAGUCGGACAACUCAUCUGGGGCAGAUUUAUUCUGGUCACGUUAAGUUCAGAGUUAAUAUUUGAUGUUUAUGCUCUGACCCCGUCACUCCCUGUUUGCCAACACUAAGCUCAGCACAGAGAAAACUGGGGAGUGACAGUAAAAGAAGUUGUGUUUGCAAACAGUUGUUUAACACCAACAAUGACAGGACCACCUUAUUGUAAAGUCUACAGUAGAUUUGUGCCGCAGUGAGUACAAUGUAUUUGGUAUCCAGGCCUUGUCACUCUCUAUUAGCAUACACUAAGCUCAGAACAGAAAUGAUUAGGGAGUGAUGGUUAAAAAGUUUUUUUUUUUUUUUUUUUUGUAAAGUUAGCAAUUAAUUAACAUAAUUGACCAACCCAACAUAUUGCAAAGGCUGCAGUGGUUUUGUGUUGCAGUGAGUAGAGUGUGAUGUAGUUGGUGUGUAGACUCUGACCUCAUCCCUCCCCAUUUGCAUACACUAAGAUGUUUUGGAAAUAUAACAGGAGUUGUCCGCCUGAACUGGCUCACAGGCUUCACGGCAUUAUGACUGAAAGUAUCUCCAUGAAUGCGUUGACUGUGCCAAAAUGUCCCCCUGACCCCCCCCAAAUUAUGUGGCUAGUGUUUGUGGGAGCUGGUGAUGAGUAAAGAGGAGAGCUAGUAGAGACCGAUGGGCAGAAAAGCCCUGCAGGUAUUUCUUAUAAAUUGCACUGUAAUUUAUUAGUAUUAUUUUUAUUGUUCAUUAGUAGAUCAAAAUUAGAAAAGGGAAGGGAGAAUUCGGGAAUUUUUAUGACUUUCUGGGAAAAAUCAUUAACCACAUCUCUUAAUUAAAAGUGUAUUUUAAUGAUACAUAUUUUUUGGACCAUUGAUACAAACUGUAAGCUGUACAAAUUGCCCCCUUUUUUUCUGAACCGUUUUAAGAUUUGAUCACUUUCUAAAAUCUGACCACUUGAUAAAGACUUGCUCUUUUGUAAUACGAUUUUAAUACCAUUCAGCCAAUGUUAUUGUUUCAUUUUUUUCCCAUAAAAUAAAACAUGUCAGUAAACACAGA